AUGAGUGAAGAAAUAAAAUCAAAUAACAAUCAAAGCGAUACAACAACAAUCCGGACGCCGCGUCCGUCUUCGCCGCGAAAGUUCUUCGCGCGACUUUACGGGCACCUUGAGGAGCCAAAGGCGACUGUGGUGGAAGCCGCUCAGGGUUUCGAGAGCGAGUCGUCUUCGGACGUGGAGGUGGAGGACAGGGAGGUGGAGCAGGUCAGGAGCCCCCCACUUUGGCCACCGCCGCCGCUGCCGCUGUGCCCGCGGCCGAUGCUCUUGCCGCACCAGCAGCUCGCUUUCGGGGCUGGACUAGCUGCCUUUUUGAGGGAUGAUUUAAGUGGUCUCUACAUUUUAGGACUUGUGUUCAUGUCUAAAAAGAAUAUUCCAGAAUGA